GGCUUCGUUGGCUUGGGAUGUUGGCGUUUACCCGAAAACGAUACAGUAGUAGCAAUAAGCUUGGAGGGAUCUCAUAAUGGAUUGGAAGGACUUUACUGGGAUAGGUCUGUAUUGUAACUGAUUUUUUAACUUAAAUUGUUGCACCAUUAUACUAUUCUGGGAAACUUCCCACCUACCCUCCCCUAAGCCAACUUUUUGACCUAAGUAAGUGUUAGUGUUGGCUUAGCGGAGGGGUUGGUGGGCAGUCAGUUCCUUUUACUUCAUCGGAGGGCCGGAACCCAUUGUUAAUGGAUGAAAAUUUGGGAUUGUUUGCCAUUACAAUGAGAGUUGUAGCCUGAAAAGUAAAUACAAAAUAACAAAUGGAAAAUUUCCUGUCUGUAAAAAGGUAUUUUUGAUUUCCCGUUUGGACCGUUGCAUCGGAAAUUUGUGUUCCAUUUCUUCAAACCCUGCUUCAGGCCUUCACGGCUAUUUAUCUAGGAAUGUAAUCGAAAGUUACAUCAGAAGCUAAUAACCCGGAGGGAGCGACUUCCAUGCGCUCUUGUCCGGAGUUUUCACGGACCAGUUUAUUUUAAGAACGAUUUUGGUGCAAAGUUUGAAUAUCUUUUAAAUUUCACAAACUAGUGAGCGAAACCGACAGACCGAAAAACGAUAGUUUAAUAACGUUUAGUUUACUUUUUGAUAUCUUAAACUUUGAAUGCGUUCAUAGACAUGGUGGAGAUUCUAUUUUCCCGUAAAAAGUGCCUUAAAAUGUGUCUAAAAAUAAAACUGGUCAGUAAAAACGCCGUAACAUAGGCCUAGUGCUAUAUAGUAUGGGAGUUACUCACUCUGGUUUAUGGGCUCCAGGCAAAUGAGGAACGUUAUGCCUCUAUUUCCGCCCUUGGUUUUCAAAUCUCUGAUUUAACUAACCUUGUCACCGAAGACCAUAAAUUGGGGACCGAUUCCUCUAGAUUCUCCAUGCAAAAAGAAGAUGUAAAUUCCGGUAUCAUUUCUUGAAACCCGCGCGUCGGUUCUAUUUUCUUAAAACCCACCUUUUAUCAAUCGAUAUCAACCUGGUCCCUGCCCACCACUUUCAAGCUUCCGCGGACUAGAAAAAAAAAACUGUUUGUUUGUUUUUUUGUUUGUUUGUUUGUUUUACCGUACAAAUGAAUAGCAUUGAGUUGUAUCUAUUAACGACAUAUUAAAAUGGCACAGUUUUCAUUGUAUUCUUCGAAAAUCUUCCUUUUUACUUUAUACAAUAAUAAAUGAAAAAAGGAUCAUCACUACUGGUCCUAGUACCUCGGUGCGACCAUACAAAUGGCAUUAACUUCAUUCUUUUUUUGUUUGUUUGUUGUUGGUUUGCUGUUUCAAAAUAAACCGUGAAUUGCUGACUGCGGAAUGAUUGAAAAUCUUGUCCCUAGUCUCCCUCAGUUUGCCAAAGCCUCUAUUGGAUUGCCUGGGACAUUAUUCCGCAAGAUGGCUGCCAGGCACCAUCGUCAAAGAUCGAGUUUUGUCUUGUUUACAACGAAGUCAUGGCUUUUAUUAUUCUUUUAUCCGAACUAAUGCAAUCCCUAGAACGUAAUCUUGGAAAAACGACCCAACUUCGUGAUGAAAAUGCUUUUAUUUUGCACAUAAACGGUCAAUAUGAUUGAAGCCUGCGAUUGAAAGUAUUAAGGUAGGUAGCAUUCACAAAGUCGUAAAAAAAUGAAACUAGAAUUUAAAAGGGCGCUGCGAUACUUGUUUUUUAAAACCAUUAGUAUGGUGCCGUGAGCUUAGAAUGCACGAAAAAAAGAAAACCGAACCAAUAUUUAUAGGUGGAAUCCUGUCACACACUGAUCCCAAAUUCAUGUAAUUCAGCUUAUAAUUUUGUUCCCUAACUCGACAUACCCUUCCUUGUAGAAGAGUUUGGUUUAAAAGUGUAGGUUGUGGAAAGUUGUCUUACUAGCUCUACUGCUGUUUUGCAGAGCUAAUUCCGUCACACAAUGUGCUGCAGUGGCUAAAGACAAAGGAUAUGAGUACUUUGCAAUCCGGAAUGGUGGUGAAUGCCUUUCAGGUAGAAACCUUUACUCUGGGUAUAAGGAACACGGAGAAUUAGACGAAUGCUUUGAUGGUGAAGGAGGUCAUGAUGCCAUGAAUGUGUAG